UGUUCCAGCACGCAAAGAGGACGGACGCGCGUCUGAUUGCGUCUGGAUGUGUAAUUAGUAAACUCGUCGGAAAGAGGUUUUGCAUCACGCUUAUCAACAUAUAAAAGAGCGGUGUAGUUGAGUGUGGUGUGUGUGUGUGUGCGCGCACGCGGUGUUUAUGCGUGUUGUGAGUGUCGGUUAAAAUUAGUGCAUCAUGAAGCCCUACGGCGGUGCAGCUUACAUGCAGCAUCUUGCCGGAAGUGGCUGUAACAACAACAAUAGUGCAUCAUCAUCAUCGCCUAGCAACGGCGAUAACAACGGCAGAUGCAUCACCAGCAUCCAGCACAGUAACAGAUGCAUGCGACAUCGUAGUAACAUUAGCAGCAUGGCACGCUGGAAUUUAAUCGUAUGCAUGGCGACGCUGUUUUCGCUAAUGUUUACAAAAUGUUAUGCCAGUCAAGUGCUCGAGUUUGUGGUGGAACCUUCGGACGUGACAGUACCGGAAGGUAACUCGGUUAUGUUGCAGUGUGCCGGCAAUGCGGAUAGAAAAGUGCUACAGGAUGGCAAAAUAGCACCGAACAUUCGGUGGCGUGGCCCCGACGGACAGGACAUUGGUAUCGUGGGCGAUACGUUCCGGUCGCAGCUAACCAACGGUUCGCUGUACAUUAGCUCGGUGGAGAGUAACCGUGGACUGACCGGGUUUUAUCACUGUCUGCUUAGCGUGGACGGUAUCGGUACGAUCGUUAGCCGAUCGGCACGUGUCUCGAUAGCAGAUCUACCGGACAUCAACCAAGAAUCGCACGAAAUCUAUCUGUACGCUGGCCAGACGGCAUACUUCAAGUGCAUGUCCAGUCUGCUACCGUACAGUGUCGAAUCGCGGUACCACACCGAAUGGCUAAAGGAUGAUGUACCGCUGAGGAUGGAUUUAACACGAAUGCUACUGUUGCCCUCCGGUGCGUUGGAGAUUGAUGAAGUUGUCCCAGCGGACCGUGGCACCUACCAGUGCAACGUGACCGCAGGCACUUUCUCGCGGUUGAGCAGCAAGUCGAACCUUAACAUCAAGUCUACUGCCGGGCAGCCACAAAGCUUUGCACCACCGGCCUUUGUGAUCGUGCCGCAACCGCAAACGGUGCGCGAGGGAGACACCGUCAUACUGGAUUGUGCUGCCAACGGCAAUCCCAAGCCAACGAUUCGAUGGCUCCGCAACGGGGAAGACAUCGAUAUGAACGAUCUGGACUCAAGGUUUCGCAUCAUGGGUACGGGAUCGUUGCAGAUCAAUUCGAUCCAGGACACGGACGCGGGUGACUAUCAGUGCCGGGCAAGCAAUACGGAAGAUUCCCUGGAUGCGUCCGCCACGGUACAGGUGCAGGUACCGCCAAAGUUCAUUCUCAGCCCGGAAGAUAAGGUCGCGUAUGAGAAGGAAGAGUUGGAGCUGUCCUGUUCCAUCCACGGCAAACCGACCCCGGUUAUCCAAUGGUUGAAAAAUGGAGACUUAAUCACGCCCAGCGAGUACAUGCAGAUUGUUGGAGGACACAACUUGAAAAUAUUCGGCCUGAUCGGUUCAGACGCGGGUAUGUUUCAGUGCAUCGGCACGAAUCCGGCCGGAAGUGUGCAGGCGGCGGCCCGACUGGAAAUAAUCGAACCAGGUCUGCCGAAACGACACAAGGGCAAAAAAUUUCAGCAGACGCAAUCGAAAACGAAAUCGUACGAAAAAUCACCACUGCUGUUGCAGUCCGACCCGAAACUAUCGAAAUCGGUGCUGGAUAGUUUGGUAUCGCGGACGAAAGAACGGCCAAACAUUAACCAGCAUCAGUUUCAGUACAACGAGUAUACGGACGAUGACUAUGCCGAUCACGACCGCAUGCUUGACAGUGACCAUGAUGAUGACGAUGACGACGAAGACGAUGACGAGGAGGAGGAGGGGAAAAUCUAUCCGCUUCGACCUAACGAGGACCCGAACAAACUCUACCAAUCGUUGACCGGUUCAAAGUCCCGGGAGGAUGGUGAGGUUAGCCAUUUCUCUAAUCAGAAGUCUCCCAUUAAUGCUGUCACGCGGAAAUACACGAAAUCGUACGUAGAUGGAAGUGGGAAAUUUGCUGCACCAUUGCCGGGACCACCGCGCGCACUCCAGGCCCAGAUAGUGCAGUCACGCUUCAUUACGCUGAACUGGUUGGAACCGGCAAAGAAUCCCGAUGAGGUUAUCUCAUACUCGGUGUACUACCGUAUGCAUACGAGCGAUAGAGAACGCAAGAUGACGACGAAUUCGCGCGAUGAGCAGGAAAUCAAUAUUCAAUCCUUACAACCGGGUAAAAACUAUCACUUCCGGGUGGUAGGUAACAGCAAUCACGGUCCGGGCGAAUCAUCGGAAACACUGGAGGUGCGUACAUUGUCCGAGGAGAAUAUUGCCGGUGCACCGCAGAAUCUUCGUGGAUAUGCCAUCACCGAGAAAGAUAUCCACCUGCAAUGGGAUCCCCCGGCGGUGACAAACGGACUGAUUACGAAGUAUCGUGUGUACUAUGCUGAGGUUGACAACGGUGCAGAGAUGUACUCCGAUACCACUACCACGGAAGUCAUCAUCAACGAGUUGCGCCCGUACACGAAGUACACCAUGUAUGUGGUUCCCUUCAACCAGGCAGGAAUGGGUGAUCCAUCACACGAAAUAGACGUGAAGACGUACUCCUCGACUCCUUCGGAACCACCGGCAAAUGUGACGCUUGAGCAGACAAGCUCAACCGUAGCAAUUCGCUGGGAACCGCCAGCAUUAGAGGAUCGCAAUGGACAGAUCACGGGAUAUAAAAUCAAGUACCGGAAGAACAAAAAACCACUGCAAGUGGAGACGACUCCAGCCAAUGUGCGGUACUACAUAUUGAAGGAUCUGGACAAGAUGUCUGCCUACCAGGUGAAGAUCGCGGCCAUGACGAUAAAUGGAACGGGACCUUUUACUGAGUGGCAUCACACUGAAACGUACGCGAAUGAUCUGGACGAAUCGCAAGUUCCCGGUCAACCAGCUUGGCUAAAGACCCGACCAGGAGCGGAUAAUAUCACCGUCAUCUGGGGACCUCCAGCACAUCAGGAGAUUAAAGUGCGCAGUUACAUUCUUGGUUGGGGCAAAGGCAUUCCGGACGAAGAAACAGCCGAAAUAGAGGAGAGAAUACGACAGUUUGAAAUCACCAAUCUGGAACCAAACAGCGAAUAUGUCAUUUCUUUGCGUGCCCGCAAUACGAUGGGAGACGGUGCUCCAAAGUACGACACGGUGCGUACCCGGGAAGAUGCGCCAAUUGAAGCUCCAACACCGCUAGAAGUGCCGGUCGGUUUACGCGCUAUCCCCAUGUCAGGUACAUCGAUUGUAGUUUAUUGGACAGACACGACGCUUAGCAAAAGUCAGCACGUAUCCGACAAUCGACACUACGUCGUACGGUACAGUCCGAAUGGUUCCAAUCGCUACCGUUAUCACAACACGACCGUGCUAAGCAGCAUGAUUGGAGAUUUGCGACCCAACACACAGUACGAGUUUGCUGUGAAAGUGGUGAAAGGACACCGUCAAUCAGCCUGGUCUAUGUCGGUGCUAAACACAACACAGCAGGCAUCACCCGUAUCACCACCACGCGAAUUGCAGGUGACAUUUGAUCCGCGUAAUCCUCUCAGCGCCAUAUUAAGCUGGCUUUCACCGCGACAUGUAAGUGGGCCAAUUGCGGGCUACCAGGUACUGUACACAACCGACACCAAUAAACGCGAUCGGGAUUGGAACAUUGAAUCAACGACCGGAGAUCUUACGUCGGCGGAGAUCAUAAACCUGGAACCGCACACGACGUACUAUUUCAAGGUGCAGACACGUCACUCGAAAGGUCUGGGUCCGUUCUCGGCGAUGGUUUCGAUGAAAACGGGCGCAGAAAUCGAUUCCAGUGGGAACCUUACGCUUGAGAAAUCCUUCUCAUCCGAGCUUAUAUACAUCACUGCGGGAUUUGCGGUAAUGGCCGUGCUUACGGCGAUUGGUAUUUUGGUGUUAAAGUGUCGUAGAAAAGGACCAGAAGACACACCAGAACAUGCGAAGAAAAGCUAUCAGAAGAAUAAUGCGGGAAUUAUUAAACCACCCGACCUGUGGAUACAUCACGAUCAGAUGGAGUUGAAGAAUAUGGACAAGAGCAAUCAUAGUACAACUCCCGGCUCGGUAGAUGGUGGUGCCUCCAGCAGUGGUACGAUGACGCUGCCCCGGUCCGUCGGUGGACAUGAUUAUGAUAGCGAAACGCCAAUCACUCACGUUACCAACUCGCUCGAUAAGCGAAAUUAUGUGCCUGGCUAUAAUGGAAACACAACGUCCCUUAGCUCGACGAUGGAGCGACCACAGUACCCACGAACGCAGUACAGUAUGGCGGCCAGAUCACAUAUAGCGAUGGAUCAGCAGACACUUUCACAGCAGAAUCUUCUCCAGCAGCCUCCACAACUGCCGCCAGCAAAUCCACUCGCACAGACACCAGAAAACCCGUACACUUACGACAGUAGUUACAGCCCAAAUGUUACCUACGCCCAAGGUAUAGCGAUAGAUGCCCCGAAACGUGGGCAAGGACAUCCGUUGAAAAGUUUCAGCGUACCUGCACCGCCCGCAUCUACGCCCAUCAUCAGCGGCCAGGGAAAACAUGGCACUCCAACGCCCGCUGUCACGAUACGCCCGCAGAAUUCAUCGCCCUACAAAAAACCGUCUCUCUCGUCCGGUUCGCUGACCAAUCGACUGCAGACGGGACCGGUAGUGGCACACUCGAACGAUGAAAUCCAACGACUGGCACCGUCCACUUCGACCGAGGAGCUCAACCAGGAGAUGGCCAAUCUCGAGGGUCUAAUGAAAGAUCUGAGUGCAAUCACAGCGAACGAGUUUGAGUGCUAGAUCACUGAGGACCCGAAGCCGACCGGUGCACAAAAUGCGUGAUGAAAACUGUUUAGUCAUUAUUAAUUUUAAUUUGGUACGAUUGAGGUUGAGUGUGUGCGUUCGGUAUGAAUGAAUUGUAUGCAAGUGUCGUGCUGCGAACGGUAAAUGUGAUCAUACCCUGAUCGACUGAACGUUGUGUCGGAUAUGUUUAGGCAUUAUUAUUAGUAUUUGCAAUUACUUUAAAACAAACAUUUUACUACGGAUAACGGUAUUCCGUGCAACACGUUAAACGACGUCGUUAUGGUAAUGCAACGUAUAACUCACAUUAAUUUAUUACACUACUCCUUAAGAACUAACCCCCGUGUAGUACAUAGAUAUCCACUAAAAGCGCACUCACGCACCUCCUGGAUGCGUGGAUUAGGAAAAAUAUUUCGGAUUGAUAACGCAGACAGAUUGUGUAGCGAUGUAAUCGAACGGACGCAUCAUAAUUUUACAUAAGUUUGAUCGGUAGGUUAGAAGCAUUGUUCGAAUUGUCCUUGCGCAUAUGGCCACUUCAUUGACUGUCCACGCGUAAACACCGUGCGGAUACGGCUCUCUUGUAGCUUAGUGACCAAUAUUAUUCAGAUUGUAAAUAUGACGAAUCCGGAGAGGGAAAGAUGAUUUUGUAAACAGUUUAAAUUUAUUGUUCGUUUCGUCUUUCUGUCGCAUAACUACAUGCUAAGGUAUCUAUGAAAAAGAAAUAUUCCAUUCUUCUUUAAGUACAAGCAAACGGGUUGGAGACCUUUGUUUGCUAAUCUUAAAACUCGAAAACACAACCCUUUCGCAAUGGUACACCAAAAACCGAUAGGCCCAGUGAUUUUAUUAUAAAAUUUAAAAUAGAGCAAAAUGCCAGCUUGUACUUCAGUUCGACCGAUACGCCGAUAGUCGAGUUAAUGUCAAAAAUAGGGUUACACACAAUCAACCCCCAAAAACCUUACAAAUGGACGACAACAGGGAUCAAUUUUACAUGCCACACCAUUGUACUCGGGUACUGCCAUACAAUAUCGGGGAUGCCAAAGGGUGUUGCCGAUUGUUUAGAGUAAUGCGUUCAAUUUGAACGGUUCCUAUGGCCAUUCAGCUAGGUUUAUAUGUUUCUGUUUUUGUGCUUACCAUUCGUGUCCAUUCGUGUUUAACUUUUGUUAUUUUUCAUAGUACCAUCUUGUCAUCUCUUUGAACAUCUUUCUGCUUCGUGUAUAGUACGUAUCUUGUAUCGGACACAGUUGGAGUGAGCGCACUGUACACUAGGGCACCGUAAAAGCCCCAUUAGUCACCGUCUAUGUAAACCCCUUAUGUAACACGUGAGCAUAUAUAGGUGUGUUGUAAAACCUUUUGAACGAUUUUUACACAGGUCCCACUUCGGGAUGGAUAAGCUAAAUAAUGGAAGUGGAAGUAGUUUAGUUUAUUUUUUAUACACGUACGUAAACAUCAGAAACAUACAAAGCGAAUUGUAUUACGUUCCCACAAAUCAUGUCGUGCCCCGCCUGUACAUCACAAUCACACCAAUAAUAGCUAGAGAAUGGAGACAUUGCCCGCAUAGCGAUAUCAAAAUGAAAAUUGUAGUGCGUGAAAUACGCCCACGGAAAUCGAAUAUCCUAUCCUACCACAAUGCAGCGAACAUUUACACGAACCAUUAGCGCACUUUUCUUAAAGGACUUUUAGAGUAUGCAAGUAACGUGCGUGCCCACAAUGCUGUUUCGGUGGAAUGAUCGGACAUCGAGAUCUAGUAAUCGUGACACAGCAAGCUUCAUUCAGUAUUCGUUCGACUCGAUCCGUCUUGUCUUGCUUUGCCUAGAGACAUAUUUAUCCUACAAACUACCAGAGAAACAGCUCCGUGGUCUAUCUCAUAUUUCACCUUCAGCGAGGACUUAAGGUUUCUGCAGUGUUCAUACAUAAUUCAUGCAUCUAAAAAGCACUCAUUUCAUUCCAACCAGCACAUAACCGGAAGGUGUAAAGUUAGUGUAAAAAGAUACGAAUGCUUUCGAUGCUAGUCGGCCUUACACGCAACAUCGUCGUUUCGUAGCUCACUAGUGUCGAUGGCCGGACGUUUUGUUUUACAACUUCCUAGUAAAUCAGUUAUUGAAAAUAUCCCUCAAUAGUGUUCUUUUUACCCCUUCCAAAGACUCAUACGUUGUGCAGAGGACGUACGCACACUGUGCUAUCUAUAAUCGAGAAAACAAGACAGCUGGAAAAAGCGAAACUACUUUGAGAUUUAUUUUUUAUUGUUAGAAGUAAGCAACAAUAUUCCUAACGCACCCAACCUUCUCGAACUCAACAACUCAGUGCAAAAACAAAAGAAGCAAAAUGUAACAAAAUAUCAAAUGCACAAGCAACAAACCCGAAAACUCAAGGAUAAAACGACGAGAUAGCGCGGUGGUAAUGCACAAUGCCGCGUGUGACGAGUGUGUAAGCCUAAAAAUGGUAGCAUUUUUUCUAGUAAUACUGUAUUUAUACACAAGUGAAACGCAAACGAGCAAGAAACUAGAUAUGAGGAAAGCAAAAAAAAAUAAAAUCUAAACCGAUUCGACAGUGAAUGAAAAAUGAAAUAAAUUGAAAAAUAUGAUAAAUUCUAA